AGACAAGUAAGCAAAAACCAUAAACAGAAACAUGUUGAGGAGGAAUGCGCGUAAACUGUUAAAAUAUUUGUUUGUUGCUGCUUUGUUAAUAAUUGGUGGAGCACUGCUAAUGCGAUCUUUCGUAAAUGUUGGAGACAUUGACAAAAGUGUUUUGAAAAAUCAGGGAAAAUAUUCAGGUCUACCAAAAGCGCCUAAACUACUAGAUGAUCUGCCGGAUAGUGCAAAAAUUGACUGGCAUAACUAUGCUCAAAUUGAAGAAGAAAAGAAAAGAACAGGUCCUGGUGAACAAGGUGCUGCCUUUUACCUCCCUCCAGGAAAUGAGAAAAGGAAGGAGGAACUUUACAAAGUGAAUGGUUUUAAUGGUUUGGCCAGUGAUUUUAUUGCUGUUAAUAGAUCAGUGGCAGAUAUCAGACAUAAGGAUUGCAGAAAGAAGAAAUAUGUGAAAAAACUGCCAACUGCUAGUGUUGUUGUUCCUUUUCACAAUGAACACCUGUCAACUUUACUGCGCACAGCCACUAGUGUCAUUGGCAGAGCUCCCCCACAUCUUAUACAAGAGAUUAUAUUAGUUGAUGAUUUCAGUACUAAAGAGGAACUUAAAGGUGAACUGGAUAAUUACAUUAAAAAAUUUCUGCCAAAGGUGCGAGUUAUCCGUGCCACAAAACGAGAAGGUUUGAUUCGAGCUAGACUUAUUGGCGCAAGAGUUGCAGUUGGAGAUGUUCUCAUUUUUCUGGAUUCUCAUACAGAAGCAAAUGUGAAUUGGCUUCCUCCUUUGCUUGAACCAAUUGCUGAAGACAGAAAAACUGUGGUGUGUCCUUUCAUUGAUGUUAUUGAUUAUGAAACUUUUGCAUACAGAGCUCAAGAUGAAGGUGCAAGGGGCUCUUUUGAUUGGGAAUUAUAUUAUAAACGACUUCCUUUACUUCCCAGUGAUCUCAAGCACCCGGCUGAACCUUUCAAGAGUCCUGUUAUGGCCGGAGGCUUAUUUGCAAUGGAUAAAUCUUUCUUCUGGGAAUUAGGCGGUUAUGAUGAAGGGCUGGAUGUUUGGGGAGGAGAACAAUAUGAGCUGUCUUUUAAAAUUUGGCAAUGUGGUGGCAAAAUGGUGGAUGCGCCAUGUUCCAGAAUUGGACAUAUAUAUAGAAAGUUUGCACCAUUCCCAAAUCCUGGAAUAGGUGAUUUUGUAGGCAGGAAUUAUAAAAGAGUUGCUGAAGUGUGGAUGGAUGAGUAUAAAGAAUACUUGUACUUGAGAAGGCCCCAUUAUCGUGAGCUCGAUCCAGGAGAUCUUACCCAGCAGAAAGCUUUGAGAGAGCGACUCCAGUGCAAGCCUUUCAAGUGGUUCAUGGAGGAAAUUGCAUUUGAUCAACCAAAGAAAUACCCACCUAUCGAACCACCAAAUUUUGCUUCUGGGGAGAUAAGAAAUGUUGAGAGCAAUUUGUGCAUUGAUACAAGAUUUCGUAAUCAAAAUGAUAGAUUUGGCCUUGAAAAAUGCAUAAAAGAUCAGGCAUCUCAAGGUGGUGAACAACAAUUUGAACUGACAUGGCAUAAAGAUAUUCGACCUAAGAAAAGAACAGUCUGUUUUGACGUUUCAUCUUCUGAAAAUCAUGCUCCAGUUGUGUUAUGGAGUUGCCAUGGAAUGCAAGGAAAUCAAGAAUGGAGGUAUAAUUAUGAAGAGCUUCAGUUAUUCCAUCCAAUUAGUGGUCAUUGUUUGGACUGCGAUGGCGAGCGAAAAGAAAUAUUCAUGAGUCCUUGUGAUAGUACUGUAAAUACACAAAAAUGGCGCUUUGAAUCAUUCAACAAAACAGCUUUGGAUAAUUGGUGAAUCAAAAUUUUAUUACUGAAUUUGUGUAUGAGUUUUUUUUCCCACAUAUUUUCAGGUAUUGGCUUUAGACAUUCCAAUUUAUUUUGAGUUAUCUACUCUUGGUUUUUAAAUUCUGUGUUUAUAAUGAAAUAUUAUCUUCAUUAAUUAAGCAGCAUAUUUCCUUUUAUUUUAUUAUUCCUGCACAAAGUUGAACUUUUUACUUAUUAAUAUCUUUCAUUUGAAAUUAAAAAAAAGUUUAUUAAAUCAACUAAUCUGAAUGCUUAAUCUAACUUUCUAAUCAUAAAUGCUGUAAUGUUUGUCUGGGUUACAGAAGUUUUACCUAAAUGUACCUAUUUAUUUUUCUAAAUUUAUUUAUUUUUAUUAUAUUUCUUUUGUAAAAAUUAUCAAAUAUUUAUUUGGUUUUUCAAGAGGUUUGUUGUGUACUAUGUUUUAAAGUGUGUUGCCAAAAAUAUAUUUAUUGAAAGGGAUUAUUUUUCUUUUUUUUAAAAAAUUUUUUGUGUGUAUUUAUUUAUUUAUUUUGAAGUUAAGAUUUUUACUGCAAUUCUUUUCUUAAUCUUUGUAAUCUUCAUAUAUGUUUAAUUCUGACUUAAAAAUGUUUGUUUCACAAGUUUAACAGCAAUCAAUGACAUGUAAAUAAGACUAAUACCCAUGUGUCUUAGAUAGUACUACAUUUUUUACUCUCAUUACUUAAAGAUCUUUUAACAUAUCAUAAAGUAUGUAUAGUUAUAGAAUUCAAAACUGAUACGAAUUUGCCAUAUAAUUUAAAUUUCCAAAAGAAAAAUAUAAAAAAACAGUUCCCCUAGCAAUGUGACUUUCUGGAUUAUUUUUUUAAGUAUAACUUCAAAAAGAAAAAGAUUGGCUUUAUUUGCCCUGAUUUCACUAUUCUUUUUUUGAUCAUCCAUUCCAUCGUUCCUCUACAUCGUCAAUGCUGACUCUCCUUAAAAGCCAAAAAAAGUGUGUAAACAGCCUUGCGACUAUCUUGCUUUCUUAUAUGUAUAGAAAAAAUUUUAACUGCAAAACAAAGCAAGCAGUCAAAUUAUUAAUAAUUGGUGUUUAAUUAUUUCAAAGUACUAGUUAUUUGUCCGGUUUGGAAGUAUUUUAUUUCAUAAAAGGAUGUUUUGAACCCCAAGUUGAGAAAUGAUGCACCUUUAUUAAGAAUAUAUUCUUCUUGUAAUUAAUGCAAGUGCUUAUUACAUUUCAAAGUACUAGUUAUUUGUCUGGUUUGGAAGUAUUUUAUUUCAUAAAAGAAUGUUUUGAACCCCAAGUUGAGAAAUGAUGCACCUUUAUUAAGAAUAUAUUCUUUUUGUAAUUAAUGCAAGUGCUUAUUACUAAUCAUCUAUCAAUUUUGCUUUUUGUACAUUCUAUUCUUAUAUGAGAAAAUUUCCGAAGAUUACUUUAAAAGAAAGAAAAUUAAUACAUACUUAAUGCUAAAGCUACUGCAUUUUUUAGGAUAUUUUCUACUUAUUGAUACAAGUUUUCUCUUCUCUUAAACUUGGUAUAUACUUAAAAUAUUUAUAUUUUACUAAACACAUUUCUUAAUCCAAAUGCUUAUUUUUAAGAAAAAUUUGUUAAGUAUUAGAAAAAAAGAAAUAUGUAUUCCUUGCGUUCUUUAAUUUACUUAAUUUUUUAAUUGCUUAAAUUAGGAAACAAUUUUGAAAAUAUUAUACUGUUACUAUAUUUCAGAAAUCUACGAAAAUACAGCUAAUUUUCUAAAAAUGAUACAUUAACAGUCUGUCAUUUUAAUUUUUCCUUAUAAUAUUAAUGCAAAAAUUUAAAUGAUUAAUUCAGUUUUCUCCCACUUGAAUUUUUUAUUCUUUCAAACCAAAAUGAAACAGAUAAUACUUAAUUGAAAUAGAGCUAUGCUUUAUUUCUUGUUAUAAAAAUCUCAACACCUUUAAGAAUUAAAAAUUAUUUUACCUAUAUAAUUUACCUUAUUGUGUCAGAAAAACUGUAAUAAAAUGAGACAGUCAAAGUUAUAAAAGCACAAUAAAGAAAGACUGGAUACUUGUGGUUCUGGUUGCUACACUUUUAUCUAUUCAUUUAGUUGUGAGCUUUGGAAUAUAAACACAAUUUUAUGAACUGAUAAAAGGUUUUUUAUAACUCUGAAACACGUUUGCAAAACUUUUGCAGUUACUCUUUUAAUGACGUUGAUUUUCUUAUUAUUCAUUGUCAUUGCGUUAAUGUAAUGAAGAGCCUAAAUGCUAAAACUGUUUCACUUUUUGUUUAUUGUUUUUAUAUUUUUGUAUGUUUCUUGAAUGUCAUUUUAUUUACUAUUAAUCAUGCAUGACAAUUUCAUUGGAAUAAUUGGACAUUGUUAAGAAAAAAAAAGAAUUAUUCCACUUACUAAUUUUUUACUUCUGUAAUAAGUAGCUUAGUAAAAAAAAGCAAGAGAAAAAAAUGUUUAUUUGAAGGAAAAAAAAAGAGAUAAUAUAUUUCUAGAUAAAAUUUUAAUAAUUUUUGAUGCUAUUAAACUAUGAUCUGAGGAUAUGUUUAUUGUGCUUGGUUUAUUUUUGCAUAACUGAUUCAGUAUUAUUUUCAUUCAUCUGUUUAAACUCACAUAAAUUGAUCAGUGCACUGUAAUUUUACUUUUAAUAAAAUGAUCUACGUUAUCAAAAGUAGAAAUAAGUCACCAAAGAGUCUUCAUCAAAAAUUUUAAACUUUUCUAUUUACUAUUUAUACAAUUAUUUAAAAUUAUUUUUUUUAGGCUAGUUUAUAUAUUCCAAAAAAUAUUUUUUUAUUAAUCUUGUGAUUUUUAUGUGCAAUCUAUAGCUAAGUUAGUGUAAAUUCUUUUAUGCUUUUACCUUGAUAAAUUAUAACUCGCCCGAAAACAAAAAUACUAAAAGGAAUAAUAUUGCUCAAUAACAAAAAUUUCAUUACAUGGAUUUUUUGCAUUAAUUCAUAUUUUUACCAGAUUUUGGAAAAAAAUUUAUAAACCUUUUACGCAUGUACACAUAAAAAUUUGCAAUAAACAUUUAUAAUCAAUAUUUGUCAACUAUACACUGUCACAAAGUAUAUAUUCUGCUUAAAAGUGAUGCACGGUUUUUAUUUGAAAGUAUUCAAGUUUUUGAAUUUUGUGCUUUUCAUUCAAAUUUUAGUUCUAAAUGCACAAUUUUUAAGGUAACACAUUACCAAAAAUAAAAUUUCAGAAAAUGGUAGCUACCUUAGAUCACAGAAUGUAAUUGUGUUUUAUCAAAUACCAAAUAUUAGCUACCCAAAAUCAUGCAUCAGUAUCAACAUAUCAGAGUAUUGCAAAACAUUAUUUUAUGUGUACUUUUUAUUCACUCUAAAACAAUUGUGAUAUAUGAAAGUUUUGUGAUGAAACUGUAGAUUAUUUGUACUAUUGUACUUGUUUGGAAUUUUAUUCAUAAGUAUAAUUGCAUUCAUAUGGUUUCAAAACCCAAUGGCAAUAAUAACUCUUAAUUAUUUUGUUGUAUUUUUCUUGUUAAUUUACUAUAAAUGAAAUGAAAAAUGUACACCUUUUAAAUGUUUUAAAUUUUAGAAAAUACAUAAAAAUAAUGAAUUGAAAUGUAUAUAUUCAUAUUUGCUAUAUUUAUAAAAGAAAUCUGUAUAUUUUGUAAAAUAGAUCAUGCACAGUUUUUAAAAUGCUGGUUUCUAUGUAAAAGACUGAAUAAAAAAUUCAACCUUAUUAUAUUCAGUAGUAAUCAUAGAACUACGUUGUAAAAAUUGAAUUUUUAUAUAUUUCAACAUAAUAAAAAGAAUUAUGCAGUCAACUCAUAAUAAUUUUCAAAAA